GAUGAUUGCCGUAUGUGUUUAAAGCAGAGUGUUAGUGACUUUCAAUCAUGCUGCAAUGGAAAGAAAGGUGGCACUAUGUACCGGGCAAGCUGUUUUUUCCGUUGGGAUCUGUUUCCCUUCGCUGAGGCUUUUAGUCGCUUUACGUUGGCACCUCCGGCAGUGACCAAUACAACCACAAAGAAAGAUAGGAUAACAAUCUCAACUGCAAUCUUUAUGGGAAUUGUUAGUGCCACUGUUAUUAUUAUCAUAUUGUUACUUCUAGGGCUUGGAUUAUUUUUUAUAGUAGGAGAAAGACAUAUCAAGGUCAGUUUUUUUGUGUUUAUCCACCAUUUCUUUUAUAAAUUGGCGGGUGUGGUUAUGACGUGUAGUGGAAUGAAACAAUCUUUAUAUAUUGGUGAGUGUUGCACAGGAUCCAGUACUACUGAUAUCACUAUUACACGCUCAUUGCAAUACGAUUUUAAAGCGAUUGAAGCUGCAACAAAUAAAUUCUCGGAGAGCAACGUAAUUGGCCGUGGUGUAUUUGGAGAAGUUUUCAAGGGUGUCCUUAACGGGACUGAAGUUGCAAUUAAAAGACUAUCAAAAGCAUCAAAACAAGGUGCAGUAGAGUUCAAGAACGAGGUUGUUCUUGUUGCAAAACUCCAUCAUAGGAAUCUUGUUAGGCUUCUCGGGUUUUGUCUAGAAGGAGAAGAAAAGAUACUUGUUUAUGAGUUUGUCCCUAACAAGAACCUCGAUUACUUCCUCUUUGACCAUCUAAAGCAAGGGGAGUUAGUCUGGACAAAACGGUACAACAUUAUCCAAGGAAUCACUCGAGGAAUUUUAUAUCUUCAUCAAGACCCAAGGCUAACAAUCAUACACCGUGACCUCAAAGCCAGCAACAUUCUCCUAGAUGUAAAAAUGAAUUCGAAAAUUGCUGAUUUUGGAAUGGCGAGAAUUUUUGGGAUUGACCAAAGUGGAGCUAAUACCAACAGAAUAGCUGGAACACGGUAUAUGCCUAUUACCCUUUGUUACAUGCCUCCAGAAUAUGUGAUGCAAGGCCAAUUCUCAACAAAAUCUGAUGUCUAUAGUUAUGGAGUCUUAGUUCUUGAGAUUAUAUGUGGUAGAAACAACAGAUUCGUCCACCAGUCAGACACUACAGCUGAGAAUUUGGUGACAUACGCUUGGAGGUUGUGGAGAAACGGUUCACCAUUGGAACUCGUGGAUCCAACCAUUUCAGAGAAUUGUGAAACGGAAGAAGUGAUAAGAUGCAUCCACAUUGCGUUGCUAUGUGUUCAACGCAAUCCCACAGAUCGCCCCAGCUUGUCAACAAUCAACAUGAUGCUCACUAACAGUUCCCAUAUUUUACCUGAUCCUCAACAACCUGGAUUCUUCUUUCCAAGUAAAAGCAACCAAGAACGAGAUGGCAUCGAGUCUAGCCAUUCUACGAACAAGUCCAGUUCCCAAACUAUCAAUGAUGUAACCAUUACAGAUCUUGCACCUCGUUGACUUUGAGACUAUAUUAAGACAUUAUUUUAGUUCCACUGAAACUGUGUUAAGUAUGUUACAUAUAUAAUCGAUGAGAGAGAAAAAGUCAAUCAAAGUUAACAAUACAAAGUCUUUAUCAUUGCUAUA